AUGGCGCGGCCCGUCAGGCUUCCUUCGCGUGGGGGGCUUGACAUCGGGGCGGUGCAGGUGGAAUCGAGGCGGCGGGACGGCGGCGCUGGCCGGUGGGCGGCGCUUGCUGGCGCGCGGCAUGGAGGCGUGGAGGAGACAGUGAUGGGCACGCACGGUGGUGGGCCGACGGCGCUCGCGUGCAGUCAUGCCUCUCAGUACCACGCUCGCGUGCUCGAUCUGGGGACGACCUGGAUCCCGAUCUGGGCCAGCACGGGUAGACCUGUUCCAUAUAGGGAGCGUUUCGAAGCUCUGCUGGCGUCGAAAAACAAACCCUUCACGACAUAUAGAGAGUUCGACUGGCUGCUAGGCAGAUCCACAUCCACGUGGUCAACCAUUUCACGAACAUGGCACGAGGCCGGCCGAGGGCCCAGCCGGCCCAAGUCCAAACGAGUGACCACAAACCCUCUGACCCCACGCGACAUUCAGCCAAUCCCAAACCAAACCCAGCCGGAGCCAGUAGUUUUCCCCCACCGCCCUGCCUGCGCCUCCCUCUCGCAGAAUCCAAAGCUGUACUUGCGAAGCACACAAGCCUCGUCCGUCGUCUCCAGCACAACUCCUCUUCCCCCACCCCCAUCCGCCGCCGUCUCCUCCCCUUGCGUCUCCGGGAGGGAAGGAACCAGCCACCCGCCAAGCCGAAGCCGGCGUCCCACCCUCCGCAAAAGCCACGCGCCACCAACCCUCCUCCUCCGCCCGCGCGUCGCUUUCGCAUUUUCCCGACGCAACCGAAUCGGCGGGUCGCGGGCGAUAGGCCAUAAAGGGGCGGCGAUGGGCGGCGGCAGAUCGGGCGAGGGCGAGUGGGAGGUCCGGCCGGGCGGGAUGCUCGUGCAGCAGCGCAGGGACGGCCAGGACGGGCCCACCGUCAGGCUCAGGGUCUCCCAUGGCCCCACGCUCCGGGAGGUCAUCGUGCCCGCGCAGGCCACCUUCGGUGAACUGAAGAGGGUCCUUGUCCCGGUCACUGGCUUGGAGCCUGAGAGGCAGAGGCUCAUCUUCCGCGGGAAGGAGAAGCGUGACGAUGAGCCCCUGCACGCGUCAGGGGCCAAGGAUGGAGCCAAAGUGCUUCUGCUGGAGAAUCAGUUCCCAGCCAAUGUGGAACAGAAGGCUGAGCCAGUGAUGAUGGAUGAGAGCAUGAUGAGGGCCUGCGAGGCUGUUGUGCGUGUCAGAUCUGAAGUUGACAAGCUUUCUGCUAAGGUGUGUGAUUUGGAGAAGAGCGUGCUUGCAGGGACAAAGGUGGUGGAUAAAGAAUUUGUUGUCUUGACGGAGCUGCUUAUGGUGCAGCUGCUGAAACUUGAUGGCAUAGAGGCUGAGGGAGAGGCGAGGGCACAGAGGAAGGCCGAGGUCCGCCGAAUUCAGAAUCUUGUUGAGGUCUUGGACAAGCUGAAGGCAAGGAAUGCCAACCCUUUCAGCGAUCAGGACAAGUCUGCUUCGGUGUCAACCGAGUGGGAGACGUUCGACAACAGCAUGGGCAGCUUGAAUGCGCCCCCUGCACGGUUUUCGUCGACGCAAAACGACACUGACUGGGAGCAGUUUGAUUAGCAUCAGAAUGCUUUCUCAAUGUAUCAUGUAACUUGUGACGAAAGCAGAUGUGUACAUGUAUGAAGUUUGGUGCCUGUUUGUGCCUGUUUACUACUCCAAUACCCACUGGUGAAUUACCCUGCAAAAUUGUUAUGCACUCUGCUCUUGCCAAUGCGUGUGGUACCCUGGGCAACCCUCUCAACAA